AUGGCGGCAGCCGUGGCCACCAAGACGGCCUGGAAGCUGCAGGAGAUCAUUGCCCACAGCAGCAAUGUUUCUUCCCUCGUCUUGGGCAAAAGCUCAGGCCGGCUCCUGGCAACUGGUGGAGAUGAUUGUCGAGUUAAUAUUUGGUCCGUUAACAAGCCCAACUGCAUUAUGAGUCUAACCGGUCACACAACGCCAGUGGAGAGUGUGAAGAUUAAUACAAAUGAAGAGCUCAUUGUUGCAGGAUCUCAGUCAGGCUCCAUUCGGAUCUGGGACUUGGAAGCUGCCAAAAUCCUCCGUACACUAAUGGGUCAUAAAGCCAAUAUUUGCAGCCUUGAUUUCCAUCCGUAUGGAGGCUUCGUAGCUUCAGGGUCCAUGGACACCAACAUCAAGCUUUGGGAUGUAAGAAAAAAAAGUUGUGUCUUCAGGUACAAGGGCCACACAGGAGCGGUUCGGUGUCUCCGCUUCAGUCCGGAUGGGAAGUGGCUGGCAUCUUCCUCUGAUGACCACACAGUGAAGUUGUGGGACCUGGCUGCUGGGAAGAUCAUGUUCGAGUUCACAGGACACACCGGACCUGUCAACGUCAUUGAAUUCCACCCCAACGAGUACCUUUUGGCCUCGGGGAGCUCCGACAGGACAGUCAGAUUCUGGGACCUGGAGAAGUUCCACACAGUGAGCUGCAUUGAGGAAGAGGCCACGCCUGUCAGGUGUGUGCUUUUCAACCCUGAUGGCUGCUGCUUGUACGCUGGCAGCCAGGAUGCCCUGCGAGUCUAUGGCUGGGAGCCCGAGCGAUGCUUUGAAGUGGUUUUGGUGAACUGGGGCAAAGUGGCCGAUUUGUCCAUCUGUAACAAUCAGUUGAUUGGCGUUUCUUUUACCCAAAGCACCGUCUCAUCAUACGUUGUGGACCUCAGCAAAAUCACAAAAUGUGGGUCUGGACUCCAUGGACUGAUCAGAGAUGACAAGCCGCUGAGCCCGCCCCCAUCUCUGGGCUCCUCCCUGCGACGCAUCUAUGAAAGGCCAGCCACCUCCUGCAGCAAGCCCCAGAGAGUGAAGCACAACUCGGAGAGCGAGAGGCGCAGUCCAAGCAGUGAGGAUGACAGGGAGGAAAGGGAAUCCACUGCAGAGAUCCAGAACUUGGAGGAUUACAAAGAGAUAUUCCAGCCAAAGAACUCUAUCACACGAACUCCCCCCAGCAAGAGCGAGCCUUUCCCUGCCCCUCCGGAAGACGAGGCAGCACUUGCAAAAGAAGCCUCGCGGGCUGGUCAAGCAGGAGAUGCCGAGUCCCCGUUGCCAGGCCAGGAGGGGGUAAGUAGGCAGCCCAUAGCUGCCUCAACCCCAAUAACCCGAGUGGAGCCGUUGGUGAUUCCAGCUGCCAGGAAUGAGCCUAUUGGGCUGAAGGCCUCUGACUUCCUGCCGGCCGUGAAGAACCAGGGCCUAGCGGAAAUCGUAGACGAGGAGGCCCUGUCCCAGAUCCGGAAGGGCCACGAGACCAUGUGUGUGGUGCUGACCAGUCGCCAUAAGAAUUUGGACACUGUGAGAGCGGUGUGGAGUACUGGGGACAUCAAGACUUCGGUAGACUCUGCGGUGGCCAUCAAUGACCUCUCAGUGAUCGUUGACCUUCUGAACAUUGUAAACCAAAAGGCAUCUCUUUGGAAACUGGAUCUGUGCACGGUUGUCUUGCCACAAAUAGAAAAGCUUCUGCAAAGCAAAUAUGAAAGUUAUGUCCAGACAGGCUGUGCAUCCCUGAAGCUAAUUCUGCAAAGGUUUCUGCCCCUGAUUACGGACAUCCUCACCGCACCCCCGUCGGUGGGAGUGGACAUCUCCCGAGAAGAGAGGCUCCAGAAGUGCCACGUGUGCUACAAACAACUGAAAGCCAUCAGCACUUUCAUCAAGAACCGGUCUGGCCUCAGUGGCCGCCACGGCAGUGCCUUCCGGGAGCUGCACCUCCUGAUGGCCGUCCUGGAGUGACCGCUGCGGCCAGGGAGUCUUGGCUGCUUUUGCCCUCCAGCUCCAUCCAGCUCUGGAGAUGCGGCCGGGGG